AUGUCACUCCACGAAAAGAUGUAAACCGAUUACCUUUGGGUAAAGGACCACUCUCAAGCUGAUUCUUGGGCUAAGGCUAGAACUCACGGUUACAACUAUAUUGCUCAUACCGUUCCUAACAAGAAGGAGAGAUACGAAAUGAUCUGGAGAAGCAUGGGUAAAUCUACCGAUUGGGAACUUGAAAAGUUCAGAUUAGGAAAGAAGUUCCCUGAUAGAGGUAACAAGAGAAGAUGGUUUAAGAAUCUCUUCAGAUUGAUUAAGAACCCUAUGGGUUACAUUUUCUGGAAGACUUACAAGGCCAGAUUAGCCAAGCCUUCUCUCAUCGUUACCUCCAUGUUCAUUGGUUUCACUUUGGGUUUCAUCAAGCUUAAAGCUUAAUCCAUUGCCUACUCCAAGAAGCAAUAUGCCACCUUACGUGCUGGUAAGAAUAUUGAAGGAAGUGGUCAAGUUCAUUUCGGUUAUCACGAUCAAAAAUGGGGCAUGCCUGCUAUUCCUAUGUUCUAACUUAUGUACUACGAAUUACCUGGUAACAGUAUCGUUGUUAACCCUUGCAGAAACCAAAACUACAGACUUUACUUCGAAAUGAGAAAGAAGUUGGGAAUCUUACCUGCUUGA